GACGUCAUAGUGCAUUGUUGUGAGAGUAGCGGAGCAUCCCUCAAGCUGUCAGCUGUGCUGCUGCGGGAGCCCGAGCCCGAGCCGGCCCAGCCCCCUUCUCCUCCCCCCGCCCCGGGGGCUCCGGAGCUCCGCGCCCGUGUAGCCUUGUCUGUGUGGAGCCCCUCCGGGCCCCCCUCCCCCGCACGCUCCAGUCCGCCCUCCCCCCGCCCCCCUAGAACCAUCUCAAUGAGAUGCAAACAUGAAAGACAAGAGGAAGAAGAAGGACCGCACCUGGGCCGAGGCUGCCCGCCUGGGAGGAGCUGCCCAGGUGUGCUGAGGGGCCUGUACUCAGGAAGAGAAACAGGGAAUCCUCCACAGCAUUGGAAAAACACCCCAACUCACCAAUGACUGCAAAACAAAUACUGGAAGUAAUUCAGAAAGAAGGGUUAAAAGAAACAAGAUACUGUGUCAGUAGGUGUUGACCUGCGGCAGCAAAAUAAGAUCAUCAUCUGGCCAAUCCUCCUCUCUGUACCUGGAAGGAAAACCAACUCUUAAGGAACCCUGUGUAUACAUCACAUAAAGAUAUUCGUACAAAUUAAACACAGUGUGAAGUGGAACCUCUCCAUUAGCUUGUCUGAAUGCAAUGCUUCAUACUAACACUCGUGUAGGUGAUGGAACAUUCUUCAAAAUCCCUGGGAAGUUGGGACUCUAUGCUCUCAAAAAAGAAGAAUCUACAUGCCCAGCAGAUGGAACAUUGGAUAUAGGAUGUGAAUCUGAGUUAGAUGGCACUGAAAUGGCUGAGACAAACAAUAGUAAUGGAGAAGAAAAUGGAGUUUGUCCAAAGCAGAUACCUGAAGAAGCGUCUUCCAAUCGAGACUCGAGCCUUACUAACACACCAGUGCAAAGCAAGCUAGUGUCUUCCUUCCAGCAGCACACCAAAAAGGCACUUAAACAGGCUUUAAGACAACAGCAGAAAAGAAGAAAUGGAGUCUCAAUGAUGGUAAACAAGACUGUUCCUCGUGUUGUUUUGACACCAUUAAAGGUGUCUGAUGAGCAGUCGGAUUCACCUUCAGGAUCUGAAUCUAAAAAUGGUGAAGCAGACAGUUCUGAUAAAGAAAUGAAACAUGGGCAAAAAUCUCCAACUGGAAAACAAACAAGUCAGCACUUAAAGAGAUUAAAAAAGUCUGGUUUAGGACAUUUGAAAUGGACCAAAGCUGAGGAUAUUGACAUAGAAACACCAGGAUCUAUUCUAGUGAACACUAACCUGAGGGCUUUAAUAAACAAACACACCUUUGCUUCCUUACCUCAGCAUUUUCAACAAUACCUCCUGCUUUUGCUUCCAGAAGUAGACAGGCAGAUGGGAAGUGAUGGAGUUUUGCGCCUCAGUAGUUCCGCUCUAAAUAAUGAAUUCUUUGCAUAUGCAGCACAAGGGUGGAAACAACGAUUGGCAGAAGGAGAAUUUACUCCAGAAAUGCAGUUGCGCAUCAGACAAGAGAUUGAAAAGGAAAAGAAAACAGAACCUUGGAAGGAAAGGUUCUUUGAAAGGUUUUAUGGUGAAAAGUUGGGAAUGUCAAGAGAAGAAUCUAUGAAGCUCACUUCAGUACAGAACAGUGAUGAAGAUGAGAAUAGUUUGCUGUGUGGAUCUUCUGGUAUACCUGGUCCUUCUAAACAAACAACUUUUGAGGACCAUGAACAGAAAAGCAUGAAAAUUCCACCUCUUCCUGAAAGAGAUUUCUGUCAGUCUCUUUGUAAUGUGGAACAGGUUCCAGUCAAGGAUCUAAUGGCGGAAUCAGAUUCAGAGGAUAUAUUGGUACCUGACGAAUCUGUAAUUCAGGAAGAGAUUGCUGAGGAGGUUGAGACAAGUAUCUGUGAAUGCCAGGAGGAGAACCAUAAAACAGAACAUGAGUUUUCUGAGGAGCCAGUAAGCCCAGCUGGUACUAAUGAAGAAGUAGAAGCAGUGCCACUUGUAGACAACUCAGCAUCUUGUGUUGUAAUGAAUGAUGUAGUUGAUACUUUGUCUCACAUUGAAAUUAAAGUGGAGUUGAAAUCAGAAUGUCCUCAGGAAGAAAUGUCAGUUGUGAUUGAUCAGCUGGAGGAUUGUUUAUCACCUGCUUCAUCUACGAACUCUGUCAGCGAUACAGCAGAGAGGGAUUCUGAGUCUACAAAAGAGCUAAGUGCUCCAGAAACACAAAACUCUGCUUUAGAAGGCUCAUUGUUCACUGAUGGAGGCAUUGCUGUUGAUAUGGAGCUACAGAGUGACCCUGAUGAACAGUUAUCUGAAAAUGCUUGUAUUUCUGAAACUUCCUUUUCUUCUGAAAGCCCAGAGGGACCUUGUAUCGGUAUUGCCUCUCCAGGAGGUGACACACAGUCCACUUCAGAGGAGCCCUGUACUCCAGCAUCUCAUGAAACGGCUUGUUCAUCUGAGGCAGCCAGCAGUGAAAAUAUUGAACCUGAUAGUCAGCAAAAGACCAUUGAAGAAAGCCUGCACACACCUUUAAUGUCAGAAAUAUCUCCAGUGUCCACUUCACCUGUAACCUCAGAAGCAUCUCUGACAUCAAACUUACCUUUGACGUCAGAGGCAUCACCAGCUUCUAAUUUACCUUUAACAUCAGAAACCUCUCCAAUGUCUGAUUUACCGUUAACAUCAGAAACCUCUUCCAUGUCUUCUGUACUUCUAGCUUCUGAAACAUCUGUGGCAACCAGUUUACCUUUUCUGUCAGAAACAUCACCAAUUUCUAAUUCCCCACAGAGUGAAAGACUUAUUCUGCAACAAAGGAAAUCACCAUGUUUAUCUGAAGAAUCCCUCUCCCCUUUAAAAGAAGAAACUUCAACCAUUCCUAAGGCAUCUCAAGAGGAAAACCUUAUUGCGCAAGAAAAACUGAUUCAGUGUACAACUGAAACUAUGAAAAUGGGUCCUCUAGCAAAUAUACCUGAAAGUCCAAUAUUGGAAGAGCCUCAGAGCAAAAAUCUUACUCAUCAAUCAUGCAGAUCACAUACUGAAAUUGAGAAAUCUUAUAUUGCUUCCAUUUCAGAACUCUCUUCUCCAGAAGUGAUCAAAAUUAAAAAUCAUCAUGUUCAGCAAAGAGUGGAAAAGAAAGGUGUGCUCUCGCCAUUAGAGAUAUCUGUCGUAUCAGAAGGGACAGUGGGCAAAAGCACUGAACUCCUUCCAAUUAAACCACAUGAUAAAGUAUAUGCCUCAUCUCUAGAAAAGACUUCAUUCUCAGAAGUGUGCAGAAGUAAGUCACAUAAACAACAAAGCAGUGCACAGAUCCGGCUGGAGAGUUCUCAUUCAUCUAAGUUAUUAGAACCCACAAAAUCACCUGAAGUAAGAAUUGAAAAUAGAGAUGCAGAGAUCCCAAAGAGGAAGACUGCAGAACAGCACAGUUUUGGAAUCUGUAAAGAGAAGAGAGCUAGAAUAGAAGAUGAUCAGUCUAAUCGUAAUGCCCCAUUGACGAGUCCAUCUGAGAAAGAGCAGCCACCGAGAGAAGAGCCCCGAGUCCCACCCCUCAAGAUUCAACUUUCAAAAAUUGGGCCACCUUUUAUUAUCAAGAGUCAACCUGUUUCAAAACCAGAACCUAGGGUUUCCCAGAGUACAUCAGUCAGCAGCGGGAGGAACACUGGGGCUAGAACUCUUGCAGAUAUCAAGGCAAGAGCUCAGCAAGCUAGAGCCCAGAGAGAGGCGGCAGCUGCAGCUGCUGUGGCAGCAGCUGCAAGCAUAGUCUCUGGAGCAAUGGGGAGUCCCUGCGAAGGUGGGAAGACAAGAACACUGGCACACAUCAAGGAGCAAACAAAGGCCAAACUAUUUGCAAAGCAUCAAGCCAGAGCCCACUUACUCCAGACCAGUAAAGAAGCAAAGUCGCAGCUCAGUUCAAAGGAAUGUCCUUCGUCCGUAGAAACCUCGACUCCUUCUGACACAAAGAUUGAAGUUUCUACUGGUGUCAUUAUAGUUAAUCCUAACUGCAGGUCUCCUAGCAACAAGUCUGCUCACCUCCGUGAGACUAACACUUUACUGCAGCAGUCACUUAACACAGCUGCAUUGCCAGAAACUGCUACGGACGUAUCUGUGCACAGUUCUGAUGAAAACAUACCUAUGCCACAUUUGUGUGAGAAAAUUAUCUCAUCUACCUCCACUGAAAAUAACAAUGUGCCAGUGCUUUAUAGUAAAAAUUCAGUCCCUGCAUCUGUUUGCAGCACUGCUAUGUCGGGAACAAUUCAAGAACUUCCCUUUGCAAGUUCUCUUGAUAAAUCCUCUGUUUUAAUGUCUGUUGACAGUACAAACACAACGAUUUCGGCUUGUAAUGUAAACAUGCUGAAAUCCACCCAAGGGGUUGAUACUCCAUGCAUUGCCAUUGUACCAAAAUGUAUUGAUAACACUAUUGUUCCAGCCUCAAUAGACAGUACAGUCUUGUCAAAUUCAAGUGAUGAGAGAAGGUUGCCAGUAUCAAGUAGCAGUGCAAAUAAUGCAGUCUCCAGUCAAUAUACCACUGUGCCAACUUCAUCCAUUGCAAGUAAUUUGCCAAAUCAUCUCCCAGGUAGUUCUGUACUGAUUCCCCCAGUGGGGACUACUACUAGAUUUUCUUCUGAUAAGAUAGCCAUAACUGGAUGCAGUGAGCAAAGUACUGUAUCCAUUAACACUACUGUUAGAGCGACUUUAAGCUGCAGUGAUGUGGCUGCAGUAGUAGAUUCUGUUGCAAGGCCACCCAUUUCAAUGUUUACUGGUAAUAUGGUGACAAUAAGUUCUUAUGACAACACUGCUAAAUUAAGUGCUGACAACUUGGAAAAAAGUUCUGGACCACGAAACCGAAUAGAUCUGUCCAGUAAAUCUCAGCCAGUGAGCUUUACACAAACAGCCAUGAACAGGUCUAUACCUUGUAAAGUCAUUGUUGACCACACUACAACAUUAAAUACCAAUUUGUCACUGGCUGCUUCCAUUGAAAAUGCAGAAAACAGCAUAGAUCUUCAGAGCAGACUUGUGAGGGCAGAAACUGCCUUACAAAAUAUAGCAUGUCCUCAGGUGUCUGUAAUAAGCAGGCCUGAAAUAGUCAGUAAUGAAAGCCUUGAGCACAGUUCCAGCUUCAUAACUGUUACAGCAAAGCAAGAGGGCAAAACCUUGCAGGCAGCUUGUACAAGUCUUCAAGAAGUGCCUCUUACUCCUCAAGAUAAAUUAAUUGAUGUUGUUGCCCCCGGCCAAGGUUUUGUGGAGCAGUUACGGGGUCCUUCAGCCUUUAAAAGUGAAGUAGAUGCUGCCUGUGUCAAUCAGUAUAACACUAAUAACAGAAUUUGCUGGCAUGAUGAAGAGGCAAUGCACACAGACCAGCCAAUGGUCAGCCAUCUUAACCCAAACAAGCAUAAAGAAUAUACAGAGCAAAACUGUUUAAAAAUUGUCAAAACUGAACCUUCAAGUUACACGCAAAUGUCAGAGUUGCAGUCAAGGAGUCUUAUGACAAGCAUCGCUGUUCCUGUUAAAUCAGAAACUACCGAAUCUGAUAAGUGCUUUAGGAUGGACACUGAGGAUUUUACCGGACCUGAAAUGCCUAGCCAGACUGCAGAAAUAGCCACAAGUGCACAGCCAACACAGACCUCCAAGACAUCUGCUACGGAUUCCAUGGAGGACUCUUUGUCAUUGACGACAGAAACCCUAAAAAGAGUUACAAGUGCUGGAAGCUCUAGCUGUCGUUUGUCAUCAGUUGAGGCUAACAAUCCUCUAGUGACACAGUUACUGCAAGGCAACCUGCCUUUGGAAAAAGUGCUGCCGCAGCCCAGAUCAGGAGCCAAACUAGAAAUUAACAGGCUUCCCUUGCCUUUGCAAACUACCUCAGUGUGUAAAACAUCAGCAUCUGAGAGAAGUAUGGUUGAAAAUCCUUCCAGCUCACCCAAUCCAGAUGGUAAAGGAUUUACAGCAGGCAGCAUAGCCCCACUACAAAUUAGAAAGCGUGAAAACCAUCCAAAAAAGCGGAUGGCCAGGACUGUGGGGGAGCACACUCAAAUGAAAUGUGAGCUUGGGAAGGUAUCAAUGGACACAGAUGUUAAAGUGGCUCCUUGUGUGAUCAGUUCCAACAUGAAUCAACUAGGGCAUGGUCAGCCAUUUAAACAAGAGUGGCUGAACAAACAUGCAGUUCAGAACAGAAUUGUUCACAGUCCAGAGAUCAAGCAGCAGAAGAGGCCACUGCCUUCAUGCAGUUUCCAACAGAACUUAUUUCACAUUGACAAAAACGGCAGUUUUCAUGCAGAAGCUAGUACCUCACACAGACAGCAUUUUUACCAAAUGUCCAUGGCUGCAAGAGGCCCCAUUCCUACGGCAGCUUUGUUGCAAACUACUUCAAAAGUCCCAUCUGUCUGCAAUGCUUUUGCUUUCAGUAGGCACCUGGAACAGAAGGGUUUGGGAGAGGUCAGUAUUUCUGCAGCAGCUCACCAGCUGAGGCUAGGAAGUGUUUUUUCCCCUAAUAUUCAAAUUAAGGAAGGAGAUGACAUUGCUAGUGCCUCACAAACUCUCCAGAAUAAAACAUUAGUACAUCCUCCUCCUCCUCCCCCUAUUCCAAACGCAGAAGUCCCAUCUGAUCAAAAACAACCGACAGUUACUAUGGAAACCACUAAAAGACUUAGUUGGCCUCAGCCAGCAAGCAUCUGUAGCAAUAUAAAAUCUGAACCUGUUUCUUUUGAGGAAGGUUUAAGCAGCAGCUGCGAACUAGGCAUAAAACAAGCUUCGUACGAUCAGAAUGAAGUAAAAGAACAGUUAAAAGCAUUUGCAUUAAAAAAUGCAGAUUUCUCUUCCUAUUUACUUUCUGAGCCACAGAAGCCUUUUACCCAAUUAGCGACUCAGAAAAUACAAACGCAGCACCCACAGCAGCAGCAGCUCUGUGGAAGUUAUCCAACUAUACACUUUGGUAGCACAAGCUUCAAAAGGGCAGCAUCUGCGAUUGAAAAAUCUAUUGGAAUUUUGGGAAGUGGCUCAAAUACUGCUACAGGUCUGUCUAAUCAGAACGUUCCGAUUCCGGUUCAGAAAUUUGCUGACAGCAGCAAUGCAGAUGAACUGGAACUGAAAUGCUCUUGCAGGCUGAAAGCCAUGAUAGUGUGCAAAGGCUGUGGAGCCUUCUGCCAUGAUGACUGCAUAGGCCCUUCAAAACUGUGUGUAGCUUGUUUGGUUGUACGGUAGAAACUGAGUCAAAGAUGCAGUAUCCCUUCUCAGCAUGGGAGAACAGAACAAAGAAGUGGAGAAAUUGUAACAUUUUAGGCCAUUUUUUUUUCUGGUGAUGCUUUGUUUCAGAAUUUAGUUAUUUCUGCUUGCAUGACAUUCCCUGGAAAGAAGAAGAAACCGUUAGAAUUUCUUUUAAAAAAAUAACAAACUUGUUACUACGCUACUAUGAGCUUCCUUGCUGUCUAAAAGAAAAGGUAUUAACAUGUCAUUCCUAGCUUCUAUUUAUUUGCACAAAGUGCAGCACACUAUUUCCCCACUUAUCUAGAGUGAUAGCAGACCCUCUAGGUUAAGAAUAACAGGUUAGUUAUAUUCUCAUGAUUUCUAACUGCUGGGGUACUGCAAGUGCGGAGAUAACAAGAUGACUAACAAAUUGAGUAAAGACUGCUUUGGGUAAAGUAGCUUGGUGUUCUGUUACAAAUCACCUUCAGAGCUACUAAAUUGACUUGCAAUUUUUCUAAUGAUUGCUUUCUUGAACCCACCUUUACCAUCCAUAACUUAUAGACAGUCAACCUAACAAAAGAAGGAGAGACUUUAGACAGAUUUAAUUAAAGGAGUUUGCUCACUUCUACACAAAGCAUUAUGGAGGUAAGGUUUUAAUUGUCAGCUGUUCUUGUUGAUUCCCUGAGAAUUAGAUUUGUAAAUGUGGUUUGAUUAGCUGGACCAUGUCUAGAAUCUUCUUGGCUUUAAUGGAGUGUAGAGGAAGUAACGACUUCUCUUAGAGAACUGAGCAACCUCUCCUUUUCCCUCUUCCCCAAACCUCCCCUGUACACCUAUUGAGCUAUCUAUCCCAAACACAUAUAUGGGUCAGGUCUAGGUAACAAACAGGUUCUGGAUUUCAAUAGCAUUUCCAUGGCCUAAGGUUGAUCCUAAGGUAUAACUAAUGAUUUGAGGACAGAUUAUAAUUGUGUGUUGAGCUGAAUAGUAGAAAAUCAGUUAUUUCCCCUCCUAUAUGAUUUACUAUCUAUUUAAAUAUGUUUAAGUUUUGACUUUUUUAAAAACUUAUUUUCAAAAGUGACUUAACACUACCUUUUUUUGUUAAAGAUUUCAGACCACUUGUAGUAUCUUUUGGAGAGUUGGGAGUAAAGAGGUGUUUUUCUUAAAAGGGAUACUGCAUCUUUUAAAUAAUCUUCAGUAUUUAUCCAGUACUGUAUUUAUGUUGAGGACUACAGCUGCAUUCCAGAUGCAUUAGUCACCAUAGCAUGAGAGGACAACAGCAGUAAUUUUGGGGCCCUGUCCACCUAAAAGAAAAAUAUUAUAAAGGGAUAAAGCACAUGCAGCUGUUGGGGACAGGAAAAAAUCUUGCUGUUGUUUUUUACUCCAGAUUCAAGAACACAAUGUGCAGUACGAGUACCCCCAUAUGCUGACAUGCGGCUAACAACACAAAUAUGAGCAUAGAGAGCAAUGUAAUUUUUACCAUUGCAGUAGAACCUCACUAAUGCAUACCCCUUACCAUCUGCACAAAAAACAGACAUUCUCUCCCUAGUUCUCAGUGAAACAUGUAAUAGCAGUGAGUUGAGGUCUCAUACUCCUCAGAUUUUAGUAUUUAUACAAAACAUAUAACACUACACAUUUACUUGUAUAUCCUGAAGUAUUAACAUGAACAAUAAAACUGUCAAAUGAAAAAAGUACACUAUAUGAUCCAUUAUACUUGUUUAUUUAUGAUCUUUUCUUGCUUAGUAAUUUAUAAUUAUUUAAUUUAUCAUCGGUCUCCCUGGCAUCAGUGCAUAUUAGUGAGGUUCUACCGUAUAUGCAAAUCACAUUUAUUUUCUUUUGGGACCAUUUUCACAAACAUAAAAUAUACUAUUCCUUUUGAUUGUCUUUAAAAAUUCGUUGGAACAUUGUAGGAAGUACAUUCCUGCCAUAAGAAGUUCUGUGGUGCAACUAGAGUUCUGUUUUACUGUAGUAGUGACAUCUAAGUAUUAAUUUUUGACACCAUGUGAUCCAAAGCUAUUAACGAUUCCAUUAACAAAAUUGUUGCUGAUACAGUAAUAUAUUUUCUGUAUACAAAAGCACUCCUUUAUGAAAGGUGAAAAUCCCACAGAUUUUCCACUUUUUCAAGCCUUUCUGUGGAGUGAAAAACAAACUAAAAAUAAACAGUUGAAAAGUAAUUUCCAGUGGUAUGCUGAUGGCUACCCAAAUGGGAGCUAUGAUGGUCACAUGGGUAAACAUGAGUAUAUUGUAGUCAUGCAUACCAAACCAUAUUUAAGGAAACUUCUGUAUUGGACUUAUAUCCUAUUGCAUUUACAUAUGGUAGAGGUAGAAUUUAUUCCCUUAAAUAAACAGAUUGGCCAGUUCUUAGAAUCAUGAUAACCUGUGUUUAUAUGAACCCUCUGAGAGCUGGGAAUCUUUUUACUUCUGGCUCAGAAUCCCUUGUCCACAGCAUGUAUCAGUAUCUGUUUUUACUUGCAACUUGAAAUAUAUUCUACCCAUGACUGACAUGGUAUUGAAAGAAAAUGCAGCAUCCAAAAAUAUUUUAUUUUGAAUGACGGAUGAGGGAGUAAAUAAUAUGAUAUAAUAUGAA